AAAGCGUCGGUGCCAUCAUGCUAGCUGAAGAAGUCCUGUGUAACUAGCUUUGCGAACUCAUGUAUUGAGCGUUUUGGUGUCUUGGCUUUUUUAUGCGCGUAGUGUCAUUUUUUUCACAGUCACUGGGAAGUAAAAUGGAAACAGCAACUUGUGUUUGAGGACGGUGAUUUUUUCUUUCGAAAAGGACGUAGGACAGCGGUCUCGGUUUCCUAGCCUGUAAGCUAGCGCGGCCAUCACGACCAGAACAACACACACCAAGUCCACAAGUCGGCGUUUGGCAGUUGGACGUUUCUGCCACCAUCAUGGAGAAGGCUGAUUUCUUGAAAGGACUUCCUGUCUACAACAAGAGCAACUUCAGCAGGUUUCAUGCAGAUUCAGUUUGUAAAGCAUCUAACCGCAGGCCCUCCGUGUACCUACCAACACGCGAAUACCCCUCUGAACAGAUCAUUGUUACAGAAAAAACCAACAUUCUCCUGCGUUACCUCCACCAGCAGUGGGACAAAAAGAAUGCAGCAAAGAAAAGGGAACAGGAACAAGCUGAGGGUGACAGCCCGGCGCCUCCGAGGAAGAUCGCCAGGACAGAUAGCCAAGAGAUGAACGAGGACUCAUAAGUGUGCGUCUGAUUUUGUGUGUGUGUGUGUGUGUGUGGGUGGGUAUACAUGUGUGUUUGUAUCAAUAGGGUAUAGCCAAUUUAAGCAAAACCAUAGGAUAAUCCCUCCUGCAUGCAGACUUCCUGGUUUUUCCUGGUCUAUAGCAGGAUGUCUUUCCUGGCAUGAAGUUAAGUCACUCCAGAGAGAAUUCCGGGAAAUUCCCACUCACAAAGCCACCAUUUACAGUGUAUGAAAAUAACGUUGGUAGAAAUGAUCUCAAGUCGUGGAGGGGAAAUCAUUACUGGUGUUUUGAUUGUGUUGGCUCUUCCCCAUGUGGGCCAGUACACAUGUAUAUGUUUGUGUGCAUGCUGAGCUGUGAGUGCGGACUGCGUGUGCUGCCGUACGUGCGAGCGGAUCGUAGGAUUAAGAUGAGACGGACUGGACAGAAAAUGUCAGACACUACUCUUAAAAAUGUAACUGGUACAAGACUCGUGUAGCCUCUCUGUCAUCCGGACAGUCUGUUCUGAUUUGUGUGAGUAUUUUGUUACUGUUUUAAUUUUAUUUUAUGAUGUUUUUGUUGUUGUUUGUAAAUGGCAAUGAGCUUCCUGCCAGCCACAGUGCCCACCAUCUCAGUUUCACUGCCCACUCUGCAACCACACGGGGGCAUUGCGACUUCUUUUCCACACUGUUUGAAUCGACAGAACCAAGAAUGCACUGUGAAGAACAGCACAAAGUAGAAGCGACUCUUCCCGGACCCCCACCUUUUUAAACGUGUGGCUUCUUUUGUUUGUUUUAUGGUGAAUAUAUUAAUAUCUGUGUUCUAUCCUGGGACUCGUGCUUGUAGGAUUAACGUUGUGUGGGCGUGGCUGAGAAGUAGCGUCACGUCUAGCACCUCCCUCUGGCUGAUCGAGGCGAGUAAGAAGGGGAUUCUCUCUCUUUAAGUUUUAGCAGAUCUUUCUCCGAAAGAUGUGAAGAAAAAGAAAGAGCUUUUACGUCUUAAUAGGAAAAUACAGAAAUGUGAGAUUUCAUUUUUAGUCGCGCAACUUUGGCAACAGCACAGACACUAAAGAGAAAUGUCUAUAGUAGCGUGUGGGAAAGGGAAAAGAAUGCAUAACGUGUGUAAAUAAUUACAGUAGCUUAUCCAAUUUAGUAUCUUUGUGUCUGCCUUUUUGUAAAAGACUACAGAAUAAAGUAGAGAAGAGCCCCAGUGUCCAGUGGAUGUUAUCUUGCCUUGCAUGUUAAUGUUUCAGUGGCUGGAUGUUAUAACCCUGGACCAGAAAUAAAGUGUUGGGGGGGGUUGGUGUUAUUUUUGUGUGGAAGGUAUUAGCCGAGAGGCCUUAAGACUCGUCACGAUUUGGAUGCAGCUCAGGGCCCGGGUUAGCGUUACUGCUCGUCUCAUCUUUGUGACAGCUCUGGAUGGUUUCUAUUUUAUUUUUCUCGAUUGAGAGCUGGCUGUUGUGAGCACCGGGGGGUGGGCGUUUAGAGUAUUAUACGUUCAGCCAUAGAAUGCACAAUAAGCAUGCACAGCAAAGUGCAGCUGCCAUCCUGCCUUGUUCCUUGUAUGAGAUUCAGUUUGUAUUGGUGUCCAUACACCCAAAAAAGCUUUUCUUUUCCUGUCCUUUAAAAAAAUCGUUCCUAUCACUGCCCGGCUGAGUCACGACGAAACCUCCUCUCUUUCCUGUUUUGUGGGUCGACGGUGCGGUCAGUCAUCUUCCUAUCUACAGUGUAAAUACCCCGUCUUGUUAUUUCAAGUAUAAAAACCUCAUUAUGCUUCUGCUCAGAUAGACUGUUCUACACCACCCGAAGCCUUGCCCCACAUGUGUUAGAUCAGAUAUGUUCUUUUUAGCUUUGCUGAAAUAAAACUGGAUUAAAACACUUUUUUGGUUUAUGUGGUACUUCAAAAAUUUUAAAAAGCGGUUCACAACACAUUGAAUGCAUUUGAAAUAGUUUUAUUAACUAUUUGUCAGGUCUUACAAAAAUAUGACAAAAUAAAUUAAAAGAAAUAAAUAACCCCAUUUCCCAGUAUUUUUCUUUAAAAGAUCUUUUUUUGUACAGUGGUACAUUGGAAGAGCGUAUGAUGUUGUGUAAGUGAGGCUUCCAUGAAAAUGUCUCAUCUUUGAGGUUCGGGUCGGGCUUUAAUGUUCACAUCCACUCUGAAACACAGAAACAUUAAUACGUCCAUUCAGUCUUUCCUGCUUAUUCCAAAUGAGACAGACGAUGUCCGAACUUUUCAAAGAAGCUGUUCUGAUAAAGAGUCCGAGCUUCUGUCCUAAUGCAGGCGAUGCCUGCGCCGUGACGCUGCUGUUCCUCCAAACGUUACAGAUCUCCGUUGCAGAACAUGUUUCACUGCAAAAACGAAAAAAGUAACAAGCCGAUGUCUGUUGUGAUGCUCUUCAGCUUUACCUGAAUAAGGUGGGAAUGCACACAUGGAAGUGACCUCCGCUCGGCAUCAGCAGAUCUAUUCAGCGCACCAGUUCUGCUUCUCUAUGGGACUUUUUCAAACGAUGGACUCUUUAUGCACCAUGAAGCCAUUUAUCCUUGAAAUCCUGAUGCUGCAAGAAUAUCAAGGGUUUUUAAUGAGACUGUGCUCAGCUACGUUGUAACCGUCUCGCUCUGCUGCUCUUA